AUGGCUGCAAUGCAACCCGGACCCAAGGCGAAGACGGCGUCUAGGAAUUCAACGACAGCAGUGGUCCCGUUUGAAUCCCCGCCCAACGACCGGCCCCUUGGCAAUUUGAUCAAACGCAAAAUGUCUUCGAUGGGGUUAUUCAAGCUGACGAUGUACGUGGUGCCGGAGAUAAUGGCGCUCAUUUGCUUCGCCUGGACGAUUUGGCUCGGACUUUUGACGGUCAAGCCGAACGACACCGUCAACUGGGUCAUGAAGACCGAAAACUUCGACAACGGCUCGUUCUGGCUGCUGGUGGACCUCCAGCUGUGA